AUGCAUAGAGCUCUGUCACUUCUUGCAUGGUCAUGCGCAGCCUAUGCUACUUCUUUGCGCAGCGCAUGCACUGCCUCCCAUAUUCGCGAUUCCUUGCCCGAAGACGGAUACAUUCUCGGCGUUAUAUUUGAUCAUUCCUCGGUCACUGCCAGUCCCGUUUACAAUGCCUCUCACUCUGGCGAGGUUUUCUUCCCGGAUGCGACUAUAAACUACUGCAAUAUCACGUUUUCCUACACCCACACAGGAUCUGAUCAAUCUGUGAUUGUCGGAUACUAUAUGCCCUCGCCUGAGAACUUCAAGAACCGAUUCCUCGCUACUGGAGGCGGUGCGUACGCCAUUCAGUCGGGGUCUAUGUCAGCCCCUGGUGGCGUAAUGUAUGGCGCUGUCUCUGGCUUUACAGAUGGAGGAUUUGGCAGCAUGGAUACCGACUUUGACGACGUUUUCCUGCUCCACAACGGAACUAUCAAUUGGCCUUCUGUGUAUAUGUUUGGCUACGAAGCGAUUAAGGAGAUGACCAUCAUCGGCAAGCAGCUUACCAAGACUUUUUACGACGUUGCCGAUAACAGCAAGUUGUACUCCUACUACCAGGGCUGCUCAGAAGGUGGUCGCGAGGGUUGGUCUCAGGGCCAGCGCGCGGGCGAGGAGUACGAUGGCUUAAUCAUCGGCGCACCUGCCAUUCGUUACGCACAGCAGCAAGCUAACCACCUCUACUCGAACGUUGUGGAGAGGACCAUUGACUACUACCCUCCUCCAUGCGAGCUGGAAAAGAUUGUGAAUGAGACAAUUUCCGCCUGUGAUCCUCUGGACGGACGCGCUGAUGGUGUCGUUGCUCGCUCUGAUCUCUGUCAGCUUUAUUUCAAUAUGACUUCCAUCAUCGGAAAGUCGUAUUAUUGUGCUGCCUCUACCAGCAGUACCCUUGGCCUUGGCUUUGGCAAACGUCAGGCUUCAACUGAGCCAGCCCAAAACGGCACUGUGACGGCCGAGGCUGUUUCCGUUGCUCAGACAAUUUUGAAUGGCCUGUACGACUCGCAAGGACGCCGUGCAUAUAUAUCUUAUCAAAUGGGUGCCUCUUUCGAUGAUGCUGCGACCACUUAUAACUCGACCACUGGCGAAUGGGAAUUGAAUAUCGCUGGUGCUGGUGGUGAAUGGGUUGCUCGCUUUUUGGAGUUGCAUGAUGAAGACAACCUUUCCACCUUAGAGGGCGUCACCUAUGACACACUCGUAGGCUGGAUGAAGCAGGGAAUGACCAGAUAUAUGGACUCACUGCAGACUACCCUGCCUGAUCUUACUGAGUUCUAUGAGAACGGUGGCAAGAUCAUCCACUUCCAUGGUGAGCAGGAUGAGUCAAUUCCCACUGGGUCAUCGGUGCACUAUUACGAUUCUGUUCGCCAAACUAUGUAUCCAAAAAUGACUUAUAACUCAAGCACCAGCGCUCUAAAGGAAUGGUAUCGCCUUUUCUUGGUCCCUGGAGCUGCCCAUUGUGCUACCAAUACCGCUCAGCCCAACGGACCCUUCCCUCAGACCAACUUCGAGGUCAUGUCUCGUUGGGUUGAAAAUGGCAUUGUGCCUCAAACUCUGAACGCAACUAUUCUCCAGGGUGAGCAUAUAGGAGACAACGAGCAGCUUUGUGCCUGGCCUCUUCGUCCUUACUGGAGGGACGGUAAGACCUUGACCUGCGAGUAUGAUCAGGCCUCGAUUGACACCUUUGACUAUAAUUUCGAUGCAUACAAGCUGCCCUUGUACUAG